GGGGAGGAGAGCGGGACGGGGCGGGCGGCGGCGGCCGGGCGGGGGACAGCGGCCGGCUCGGGACCCCCACCCCUCCUCUGCCGCGGGGAUCGGGACUCCCACCCCUUCUCCUCCUCGGGGAUCGGGUCCCCCAUCCCUCCCCGUGCCGCGGGGGCGGCUCCCCGGGCGGCCCAUGCCCGUGCCCGCGGGGCAGGUACCGGCGCGGAGCGGCUGCCCCUACGGGGGGGCUGGAGCUCGGCCCGCCCUUCUCCCCUCCCUCUCGUCCAAUUUCUCUCUCCUCCCGUGCCCCAGCCCCUCGGCCGGGCCAGGCGAGGCAGGAGCGGCCGCUGUCGGCGCCCAGCCCGUUCCCUCCGGGGAUGCGGGAGCCCCGGAGCGCUGCCCCUGGGAACGCUGCCCGGCUGAGGGGCACCGCAGGGCACCAUGAGCGGCGGCAGGUUUGAUUUCGAUGAUGGAGGCGCCUAUUGCGGGGGCUGGGAGGGGGGAAAAGCCCACGGGCACGGCAUCUGCACCGGCCCCAAGGGCCAGGGCGAGUACUCGGGCUCCUGGAACUACGGCUUCGAGGUGGUGGGCAUAUACACGUGGCCCAGCGGCAACACCUACGAGGGCUACUGGUCCCAAGGCAAGAGGCACGGCCUGGGAAUCGAGACCAAAGGACGGUGGGUUUACAGAGGCGAGUGGACCCAUGGCUUUAAGGGACGGUACGGCGCGAGGCAGAGCAUGAGCAGCGGAGCCAAGUACGAGGGGACGUGGAACAAUGGCCUGCAGGAUGGCUACGGCACCGAGACCUACGCUGACGGAGGCACGUACCAGGGCCAGUUCACCAACGGCAUGCGGCACGGCUACGGCGUGCGGCAGAGCGUGCCCUACGGCAUGGCCUCCGUGGUGCGCUCGCCGCUGCGCACCUCGCUGUCCUCGCUGCGCAGCGAGCACAGCAACGGCACCCUGCCCCAGCAGGACUCGCCCGCCGCCAACCCCGAGAGCCUGCCGUUGUCGCCCACCAUCACCCGCGGCGGCUUCGCCCUCAGCCUCUACGCGGACGCGGAGGCCGCCAAGGCCAAGAAAGGGGGGCUCUUCCGCAGGGGCUCCCUGCUGGGCAAGCUGAAGAAGUCCGAGUCCAAGUCGUCGCUGGCCAGCCAGAAGAGCCGCGUCAGCUUCCUCAAGAGCGAGAGCGGGAUCAGCUCGGCCGCCAGCGACGCCACCUCCACCGUCAGCCUGGGCGAGGGUGCCGAGGGUGAGGAGUACACCCCCUUCGAGUCCGACAUCGACGCCACCACCACGGAGACCUACAUGGGCGAGUGGAAGAAUGACAAACGCGCCGGCUUCGGUGUCAGCGAGCGCUCCAGCGGGCUCAAGUACGAGGGGGAAUGGCUGGACAACCUGCGGCACGGCUAUGGCUGCACCACGCUGCCCGAUGGCAAGAAGGAGGAGGGCAAGUACCGCCACAACGUCCUGGUGAAGGGCAUGAAGAAGCGCGUGCUGCCCCUCAAGAGCGCCAAGAUCCGGCAGAAGGUGGACAGGAGCGUGGAGGGGGCUCAGAGGGCUGCGGCCAUCGCCCGGCAGAAGUCAGAGAUUGCGGCAUCCAGGACGGCUCAUGCCAAAGCCAAGGCCGAAGGGUCUGAGCAGGCAGCUCAGGCAGCCAACAACGAAUCAGGCAUAGCCAGAAUGAUGGCCAGGGAGCUCUCCCCAGACUUCUACCAGCCAGGCCCCGAGUACCAGAAGCGGAAGCUGCUGCAGGAGAUCAUCGAGAACGCGGAGCACGCGGUCAACAUGGAGGAGGAGGCGCCGCGGCCCGAGGCUGCCCCGCCGCCCCCCACGCCGCCCGAGAGCCCCCAGCUGCACGAGCAGGAGGAGCCGCGGCCCCGCGCCAGCCCGGCCCCCAGCCCCGCCGCCACCCCUCCGGAGGCCAAGCGCGCCAAGGCGGCCCCCCGGCAGGACAGGGCCCUCGGGCCAGGCAGCCGGGCCGAGGCGGGCGGGCGGGCGGGCGGCGAGAGCCCGGCACCCUCCGAGGGCGAGGGCCGCCCGGCGUCGCGGGGCCGCGGCCGCGGUGCCGAGCAGAUGGAGAUCGGGCCGCUGCAGCGCAUGGCCCGCGAGCCCGACGUCGAGCUCUUCAAGGGCUACCACAGCUACGCCGUGCGGACGUCCCCGGUCACCCCCGCCACGGACUAUGAGGAGGAGCAGUUCCCCGAGAACGAGCCGCCCUCCCCGGAGCCCCGGGGGGAGCCCCAGCGCCGCGGGGGCACCCCUGGCCCGCCGCCGGGCCGGGACGAGAAGCCAGCGGCGGCGGUGGAGGCCAAGCCGGAGCCGCCGCGGCCCAAGGAGCCGCAGCAGCGCCCCAGCCCCGAGCGCAGGGCGGCGGGCCGGGCUGAGCCCAUGGCUGACAGGAAGACUGAGGCCAGGGCACCGGGCCGGACGGAGCACAAGGCAGCGGCCAAGCGCGGCCCGGCCCAGGCGGCGGCAGUGGUGGCAGCACAGAAGGCGGAGGAGUGUGAAGAGGGACCUAACACAAUCGUGAUCUGCAUGGUCAUCUUACUGAACAUUGGUCUGGCCAUCCUAUUUGUACAUUUUUUGACAUGAUGAGCCUCUUGAACAAGGCGUUGCUGCUGGUGGAGACCUCAGACCUUGGCAGGGGAUUAAAGCUCAGCCACCUGGAAACACCUAAGAGGAGGACUUGAGAUCUCAAGGUUGCACUGCAAACAUCAACCUUAAACAAGAGUGUCUGAAGAUCAGUUUCCUUCUCCCAGGCUGUGGCUGGCCUCUGCAAUCUACCAAGGAAAAGCCAGGAUUUCUGCACUGUGGUCUCCUCUUCUUUGUAUAAAAUAGCAGUUGCCUUAAAUUAUUCUCACCAAAGCCAUCAACUGUCCUGCCAUGCCAGGGAUGAGGGAUUUAUCUGUAGCUGUAGGAAAAUGAGUGAGAAGGUCUCAUGUGUGCACACUGAUGUGUUUUGUGACUCCCUUGGUUGACUCGGUGUCAGAGAUUUUCCAAAGAUUGUCAUCCAUGGCAUGGAGAUGAAGCAAUGCAGCAACCAGAAUGACUCAUGAGAGCCACGCCGGGGCUCGGGGUGGACGACGCUGCUCUCCGUGCUUGGAAAUCAUCCAAAGGGAUGAACAAAAAGUGUUUCCUUUCCCCUGUCACCUGGCAUCAUUUCCCAUGUAUGGAGGACUGAGAGGGGGAGCAAGUUGAAAUUGGGCUUGUUGAAGUGUGACCCGAGUCCCGCCCACGGCGGCCGAUGCACCACGGACGGGGCUGCGGGGUGGGGUGUGAGGGACUGGUGGAUCCAAGUCUGUUGGUGCUUGUGGGGGUGCUCUGGGUGGAGAUGGGGCCUCUUUUGGGACCAGGCACCAUCCAAGCAUUCUCCUGCCACCAGCAAUGCUCUGUACAGAAGUGUCUGGCAGUGGGUGGCUUCCGCUGUAAUGGGAGAGGCAGUAGGUGUGCUGGAUUUGUCCCUUGACCCCUUUUCUUCUCUGAAAGUGUUGUGAGUUACAGUGAGAAGGAGGUUCUUGCUGAAAGCACCUCCGUACACCUGCAGGUUCCUCCCCUUGGCGUGCCGGGCUGCAGGGGGAUCCUGGCCUCUCAUUGCACCCAGCAGACUUUCCAACCAGAGGAUGCAGGGUGGCUGUCGUGGGAGAGGUUACCUUAUUCCUGAAAGAAAAAAGGUGCAGAGGUGUGAGUGACUGCCGUGUGUUUGGGUGUUGGACUCAGAAAUAUGCAGCAGCCAGGCUUCCAGCAGUGGCAGAGUACAGUGGGGCAGUUGUAGCUGUUGCUCCUGUGUGUGAGGCUGAGAGCCCUGGGUGAUUUGCACCGAUUUCCCCAAAGCUGCAACAGGGAGUGACCUUUGGAAGGAGAUAUUUCCACUAUGAUCUGCUCUGAUCCUUAGCAGUGCAAGCUUAGAAAGUUGGCACAGAUGAAGUUACAGUUUAGUGUGAGGCUGAGUGCUUGGACAUGUUUCUUCCUUCUUUUAAGAGCAAUGUGUAUUUUCUAUCCCUUUUUAAGAUAGUCAGAGAUGUUAUUUAUAGUUGGUUGUGCACCUCUGUGUAUCCUGAAGUCCCACAGCACAGGACUGGGUGAAAAAACCUUUUUGGACUGGAAAGAAUGGGGAAAUGAUAGUUAAGGAAUAAAACAGAUGCCUGGUCUGCUUCAAAGGUCAAUCUGAAAGGAUUUCAGAGAUGGAGUGGCAGACACACAGGGGUUUACACUGACUGGAGACAUAGGGCAAAA